CCACCAGAGCCAGAGGGCAGGGCAGAGGGGCAGGGGGAGGCUAGCUGCCGAGCGGAGGCGUGUAGUGUACUAGUGUAGGCGUAGCUCAACAGAUCGAAUCGCCGCCAGGCCAGCAUCUAGAGUAGCUCGCUAGCUUUUUGCCAACGCCCCGGCCGGCUCUGCUGCUCCUCGUCCUCGAUCACGUUUGCAGCGUGAUCGUCGAGCGCCUCCCCUUGCAACAAGGUACGGUAGAAGAAGAGGUAGCUCACGGGCGGCCGGCCGGCGGCGGCGGCGGCGCGCGGGAACGCAUAUAUAUAUAUAUAUAUGGGCAACGCGCUGGGGUGCACGGGGCUCGGCGAGCGGCUGGCGGCCGCCGCGAGGGACGGCGACGCGGCGGAGGUGCGGCGGCUGCUGGAAGCCAACCCGGGGCUCGCCCGCUGCGCCGCCUUCGGCAGCCUCAACUCGCCGCUCCACCUCGCCGCCGCCAAAGGCCACCACGAGAUUGCAGCGUUGCUGCUGGAGAACGGAGCCGACGUGAAUGCCAGGAAUAUUUACGGUCAGACGGCGUUGAUGCAGGCCUGCCGGUUCGGCCACUGGGAGGUGGUUCAGACGCUGCUGGUUUUCAGAUGCAACGUGUCCAAGGUGGACAGCCUGAGCAGCCGGACGGCGCUGCACCUGGCGGCGGCAGGCGGCCACGUCAAGUGCGCGCGCCUGCUGCUGGCCGGCGCCGGCGGGAACAAGCUCGUGAACAGGGCGGCCAGCGGCGGCGUGACGGCGCUCCACCUGGCGGCGCUGCACGGGCACGCCGACUGCGUGCACCUGCUGAUCGACGAGCGCGCCGACGUCGCCGCGCCCACGCUGCCCUGCGCCGCGUCGCCCAUGGCGUCCAUCGGAGCCGGGAGCACGCCGCUGCACUACGCCGCCGCCGGCGGCGAGGUCAAGUGCUGCCAGAUCCUCGUGUCGCGAGGAGCCGACAGGACCGCCGUCAACUGCAACGGGUGGCUCCCCGUGGACGUGGCUAGAACGUGGGGGUGCCACUGGCUGGAGCACGUCCUGUCCCCCAAGUCUCACCUGCCCAUCCCCAAGUUCCCGCCGUCCGCCUACCUCUCGUCGCCGCUCGCCAGCCUGCUCACCAUCGCAAGGGACUGCGGCCUGGUUCUCAACACGACGCCGCCGGAGGUCCUGGACGACGACGGCGGCGACGCCUGCGCAGUCUGCCUCGAAAGACCCUGCACCGUCGCAGCCGAAGUGUGCGGGCACGAGCUGUGCGUCAAGUGCGCGCUGGACCUGUGCUCGGUGAUCAAGUCCUACGACGUGCCGGGGAUCGCCGGCACCAUCCCGUGCCCGCUCUGCCGGAGCGGCAUCGCCUCGUUCAGGAGACGGGCGGCGGACGAGGACGAGCCUGACGUGAACGCCGGCGGUGGCCGACGUCGCGGCGCCGGCGGCGACCAUCAGGCGUCGUCCAGCCCGGAGAAGAAACGGAGCACGGAUUCGGACCAGGAAAUCCUCCCCCUCUUCUUUACUCCUCCCGCCGUCCUGUCCUGACCGGCAUGCAUUUACAAGAUGCAGAGAAGCUACUUCGUCAGUAGAAAUCUGCAGGGUGCAGUGCAGCAUGGGUAGAUAUAAAUUUACACAGCAGAGACACACAGAUUGUUUGGUUCUGUUUGUUGAUGCUUGCAGACGGCAUCGGUGGAUGUUUAUUUUAUUUUUAUGGUGGUUCACAUCACAUGGCAUUAGCUAGUGUAACAUAUUGGUUUGUUGUAAAAAGAAGGAAAAACAUUCUUUUGCUGUAAAAAAAAUGGGGUUGGUUGGUUUCGGGCGUUUUGACUCA